AAAUCACAUGAGGGUUUGCCUUCCCGCAUUCCUUACUUUUCUACGAUACAGAACAGACGUGUUUAACAUUAUAGCAAGUUUUUAAGGUUUAAGUGAUUAUUUUGGAUAAAAAUGACGCUACCCGACAAAGAAGAAGUAAACAACAUGAAAAAUAAAAAGGUUGAAAAAACCUUAGGUGACACCUUGUCAAAGGUGAUGCGCAGGGCAAAAGCAGACGACAGAAUAACCAGCGGUGUAUUUGAGUGUGCAAGCUACUUGGAAAGCUUUCCAGAGUUGGUUAUGCUGUGCUUAAUGCCAGAAACAGCACCGGACGACAUUGCUGCAUCCAUACAGCAUAAAUUGAUAGAGGCAUACUGCUUGGAGAAUGACAUACAAGUUGCAAAGAUAAGCAACUGCGAGAAAUUCAUCUCACUGUUAGGUGACGAAUCACCACAACAGAAGUCUGCUAACGACAAACCAGUUAUGUCACCUUCUAUGGAUUGCUCAUGUGUGCUGAUUGGUUGGCCACCAAAAGAGAAAUCAAAUAAACAUGAAAAUAGAUUGAUGGAACAAAUUUGGCCAAAUCAGAUCAUCGACUUACCUGUUUGAUGUUGCAUUUAUGCAAUGUCCUACUGCAUCCCCCAAAACAGUUGGAAAAUACCAAAAAAAAAUAUGGUAAAUUCUUAAAAUAACCAAAAAAGUGAAACAGUGCCCGUCCCAGUGUAUAUAGACCUGGUUUAUCAUCAUCAUCAUCGGAAAAGCAUUAUGGGAACUCUUUUGAGGACCAGUGACUUACGAUGUAUCAUCCGGGUAUCUGGACAUCACAACAUCAUUAUCAUUAAUACUGUGUGGUUUAAGGUAGUCCAUUUGGACCUUUAACAUAGUUGACCAGUGAGUUCGUCCCUGGUCAACGUCAGACUGAACUGACCAGUGUUUCAUGCUAAUGUACAUUUUCAUGUGUUCUUUCAUUGUGUUACUUGGAAUUGAAGAUGGUGUUUAAGGGAGGAGAGACAAAUGUAUUGGAAAAAGAGAUACAAGACAUGAAAUAGAAAUCUUGUAAAAAGGAUGAAGUUGUAAAGAUGAUGAAAUCUAGCAAGAGAGAAAACAUUUUAAAGUUAAAGACUUUGAAUGACUCAGUUAAGUUUAAGACUUUGAAUGACUUUCAGUUAUUUCAUAAGCUAGUAUGGAUAUUGGAAAAUAUGUUGAGCAGAAAUGAAUUCUUAUAAUAAAUAAUAAGAGUUUUAUGGAAAAGAAAUUGUUUAUCUUAGUUAUAGAUUCAUUAUAUUAAGUGUAAUGCUUGCAUAUUUGUUCAGAAAAAAAAAACUAAAUAAAAAAAAAAUAAAAAAACAACAACAAAAAAAAAACAACGACAAAAAACAGAAAAGAAAAACAACGUUUUAGUUAUGUGGUUAUUUAUAUGUAAAAUGUUGUUUUCUGUAUUUUGAUUGCAUAUUGAUGUAACCAAAUGCUGAUUUUUAUAUUUCAAGUUCUGUUAUUGUUUCAUCCUUGUGUACUGUAAGAUGAAACUAGAUAUUAUUAAAAAUUGUAUUUAAAUGAUAUAAUUUCAUUUACUGACUUGUGUACGAAGAGAAUAGAAUUACAUAUUACUCCUUGUUAAUAUAGCCAGAAAUAAUAAAAUAAAAUUGAAUAUGUAAAUAUAA